GCCCCACGUUCAGGGCGCCCCGUGUGGCGAGCGCGCGGCAUGUCGCAAGGGCCCCCCGCGGUCAGCGUGCUGCAGAGGAGCGUGGCUGCGCCUGGAAACCAGCCGCAGAGCCCCAAGGAUGAUGACAGGAAAGUUCGAAGGAGAGAGAAAAACCGGGUUGCAGCUCAGAGGAGCCGGAAGAAGCAGACCCAGAGGGCUGACAAGCUCCACGAGGAGCACGAGAGCCUGGAGCAGGAGAACUCUCUGCUGCGCAGGGAGAUUGCGAAGCUGAAGGAGGAGCUGCGGUACCUGAGCGAGGCGCUGAAGGAGCAUGAGAAGAUGUGCCCACUGCUGCUGUGCCCUAUGAACUUUGUGCAGCUUCGGUCAGACCCCGUGGCCAGCUGUCUACCACGAUGACACCCCAGCUCGCUCCUCCCUUGUCCGGCUCGGAACCUUGGUUUGCACACUCAGGAGUUUCCCUGCACACCUGUGUCCAGGGGUACAUGCGGCUGUGCCCCUCCAGGGAGCUCUGGGGCCAGCCUGGGCUCAGCAUCGUGCUCCGGGGCAUCUGACUUCCGGCCCCUGACUUCCGGCCCCAGUAGAAGGAUCUAGAGGCCCCAGCGAGAAGGCCCUUUGAGUCGUUCCUCUCACACUUUGGCAGCUAGCCGGUGCUGUCCUUUGGCAGGAUCUUUUCAUCUAGAACUUGGAAAAUAAAGAUAGUUACC